GACAGCCCCGCGCCGCCUCAGCGCCGCCACCCGCGGGGCAGCGCCGGCCCCCCCGGCUUCUACAGGCCGUCCGUCCGUCCGUCCGUCAGCCCGCCGGGAAAGAUGUGGCUGAAGCUGUGCUUCUUGCUGCUGUAUUUCCUGGUGCUCUUCGUCCUGGCCAGGGUGUUCGAGGCCGUGGUGUGGUACGAGACCGGCUUCUUCGCCACGCAGCUGGUGGACCCGGUAGCGCUGAGCUUCAGGAAGCUGCGGACCAUCCUGGAGUGCCGCGGGUUGGGGCACUCGGGGCUGCCCGAGAAGAAGGAUGUCCGGGAGCUGGUGGAGAAGUCAGGUGACCUUAUGGAAGGGGAACUUUAUUCUGCUCUCAAGGAGGAAGAGGCCUCUGAGUCAGUUUCUAGUACAAACUUUAGUGGUGAAAUGCAUUUCUAUGAACUUGUAGAAGACACAAAAGAUGGGAUCUGGCUGGUACAGAAGAAAGACCUUUUGUAACAUGGUGUUAGAAGGAAGCAAAGAGAACUUUAUCCUUGGCCUCGGGGCAGCAGGACAGACAUGUCCACCAGCCAGCAUGGCUGGGAGAGAUGCAAAAGAUGUGACUGUGGAUGGAAAAUAAUAGCACCAUGUCAGUUGGAAUAGAUGUUCAAGAUGAUCAAUCCGGCCAACAACCUGACCUGCCGUGUGGCAGCUCUAGGCCACAUCCCUUAGUGCCAUGUCCACAUGCCUCUUACAUUCCAGUCUGUUCGGCAUCUGAGCUUCAUGUUCACGUGGUGUAAUCAAAGAGUGAGGGAUGUUUGUGCAGAGUUUUGAUGAUCUUUCUUCUGUUUUGAUUUGCUUUUGCUUGCAUGCAGAGUAAUUUUCAUAUUUGCCUUUUCAAAUUUGCCAGGUGACUGCUUGUUCUCAUUAGAAGGAAAUUAGGUGUAAGCACUUAGCUCAUUUAAAAUACGUUGUUCAAUGUUUGUGCCAUUUUUUCCAGUAGCCCUUCAGGAUCAUUUACCACAGGAUACCCCAUUUUAGCUUUCAGUAUCCUUCUGGAGAGCCUUCUUAUCCAGCCAAGGGUGUGCAAUACCAUCAGCUGAAAUGUAAUAGUUCUCACAGUGCCUGCAUGUCUUUGUUAAUUCAUUAUAGCAGCUCAUUCAUUUUCAGCCCCUGUAUGUGGAGAGGACUCAACAGAGAUGUUCAGAUUGGAGGGUAGAACAGCUUGCCUGCCUUGAAAAACUACAUGUAAUUUCCUGGUAGUUAAUAGUUAUGUGCUGUGAUGGAUGCAUUCUUCUGUCUUUGCCUAUUUUAACCAAAUUUCUCAUUGUUUCUUUCUCAGAAAAGACAAGUUAAAAAAAACAACAAAACAAACAAAAACAAAAAACAAAAACCCGACAUCUUUAAUCCAUAGGGAUGGAAUGGGAAUUAGUUGUGAGUCCUUGGGACAGAGGGACUGUGUGGAAAUCAGUUGCAUCAGCACAGUGCAGAAUAAUCAACUGUGUGUGAGAUGUCUCAGAAUGAUUGCAGGUGCAGAUAUUCUUAUAUCAUCGUAGAAUCAUGGAAUGGCCUGGGUUAAAAAGGACCUCAAAGAUCAUCAAGUUUCAACCCCCCUGCUGUGUGCAGGGUCGCCAACCACCAGGCCAGGCUGCCCAGAGCCACAUCCAGCCUGGCCUUGAGUGCAUCUAGGAAUGCAUAAGUAGGCAUUUUCCCAUGCUUCUAGUAGAUAACACACCAGAUCAGUUUUAAUUAGAUAUAUUUCUGUGACUUGUCCCAGUAUCUCUAUUGUUUUAUCAAUGGAAGGAUAGUAACAUAACAGUUAAUGACAAAAAAAAAAAAAAAAAAACAACUAUGUAAGACACAUAGGAAGCUUAAUUAAUUGAUUGGUGUUUUUCAGCUUUUAUAUCUUUGUGGAUGAAGUCUUCCAUAGAGCAUAUGUGCACUGUGCAGUGCUAUGAGGCUGCCUUUGCUCGCUUACCCACUGCAGGCACCCUGUCGGAGUUCCUGAACCUCUGUGAGAUAUCUCAGACUGGAGAGUGCUGAGCCAUGCUGACAGCUCUCACACACGUGUGACCUUACCAGUUCCUUAAAUAAGUUAGGAAUGGGUUUUGCUUGUGGCAAAAUCGUGCAGGUCUUUCCAGCUCGGCAGUCUGUGUUCCUGCAUGCAGAGAUUGCCUUGCUGAGGCCAGGUGAGGGCUGAGUGCUCCUGGGAGGACUGCCUGAAUGUGUUUGUGUGCAGAGGGUGAUGAUGGCUCUUAAAUUCCCAGGUUUUGUUCUUCCUUACGAUUUAAUCUGUGUUACAGCUCCCCAGUGCCCUGUCUUGAUGGGUACUUGGAGCUGUCUUUGUGCCCAGGCUGUAAAACCAAGUUUUGACUAUUUGUGUGUAUUCAGAACGUUGUGUGCUUGGUAUGAGCAGGUGUGCCCGACACCUGGUAUCUUGGCUAACUUCCAGCUUGGAUAAUGUUGGAGCUUCCCUUGGUGCUUUCAUUUGGAUAGCUUUCUCUUCCUUUAAUGGCACACGCUCAUAUCCCAUAAUGGCUCAGAGAUGCUGCCAACGUGAAUAUUUUUCCAUCACAAAAAAAAAAAUAAUAAUAAUGUAGAAAACACAUGGGCAUCUCUGAGCUCUGAGCUUCUGUUGUGUCGUGGCAAUCUCGAUUCUGCCUUUCUAUUUUGUUCCCUUUUUUUCUUAGUAUUCCCAUCUCUGGUGCAAUGUAACAAAUAGAAGUAGAGCGGCUCUUAAUCAAACCAGUGAAGCACAAGGGUUGUUGAGUAGCAAAGUAAAUAAUCUGUCAGGGUGUUUUUCUCUGUAGUGCUGCUGAGGUUACUUUAGGUUUCUGGAGCCAUUGGAAUGGGUAAUAACUAGAUUUAAGGAGUGGUUUUAAAAUGUCCUCUUUACAGAGCUGCCUGUCAAAAGUCUUCAGGGUCUGUAUCCUUGCAGGCAGUGUGGUUUGCUACAUGGAAGCUCCUUCCUCCAUCUUGCAGUAGUUCUUCAUACACAUCAAAUGGUUUGUAUGUUCCUUUUCUCUGUAUGUCUUAACUAUCAGAGAAGGAAGAGAAAAUGACUAAAGGAGCUGGAAUUGGUUAAAAUAAUGAGAGCCGAAGCACCACAAAGUGUUGUUUGUUCUUCAUAUUUCUAUGUCUGACUUUCCUUCUCAUGCCUUGUGAUGUUUGAACAGUCUCCAUGGUAGGUGAGCUUCAAAACUUACUGAGACCACUUCUUGUUAGACAGGCCUGUUUUGAAAUCUCUGCAUAGAGGUGUAAAAGAGGUUGAGCAAUAUCUGAUUUGAAUGAGCAGAAAAUAGAAGAAUGCUCGAAUGAAGCUUCUGACUUGUACUCAAAUGCUGCUGGGCUACCAGAACAGGAAUCUCUUUGCAUGUUGCUACAGCAAAUGUUUCCUUGAGUCUCUUCAGUAGCCAUUACAACUUGUACUGGUACUUAUCUUCUUAAAGUUGCAUAGAAUAAUUUAGAAUGAUCCUUAACAAUAGCUGGGAAGUUACAAUGCAGCUGCAUCAUUGAGUUAUGAAGUGGUCACUGUGAUGUCCAUGCAUCUACCUGAAGGGCUUUCCUUUUGGAUUAAGCAAACUGGAAUAAACAAAUGACUGUUUAUGAGGGUGGAUAGUGAUAGGACAAGGGGGAAUGGUUUUAAACUGGGACGGGGGUGGUUUAGGUUGGAUAUUAGGAGGAAGUUUUUCACAGAGGGUGGUGAUGCACUGGAACAGGUUGCCCAAGGAGGCUGUGGAUGCCCCAUCCCUGGAGGCAUUCAAGGCCAGGCUGGAUGUGGUUCCGGGCAGCCUGGUCUGGUGGUUGGCGACCCUGCACAUAGCAGAAGGGUUGAAACCAGAUGGUCAUUGUGGUCCUUUUCAACCCAGGCCAUUCUGUGAUUCUGUGAAAUGUCUCACUGACAUUGUCUUAUUUUUUAAAACAUUUAUGUUUCUUUCUCUGGGAUAUUUGUUUUCAAAGUCUGUUUGCUUUUUAAAUGUCAUAACUGUGGCUAUUUUAACUUAUAGAUCAAAAUGAUUCUAUGAAUUAGGUUCUUCAUUGGCGUCACCUGUUUAUGUCUCAUGGGACUGUUCUGUCUAAUUCACAGUCAGAAGAACUCUUCCAAUGCAAAAGCGACUCACACAACUGCCUGCUGAAAACAUCAGGAUGUUAAUACUUUCAAAAUGAUAUGUCCGGUGUGUCCCUCGACUCAUAUUUUCUAUUGGCCUCAAAUUGCACCAGGGGAGAUUCAGGUUGGAUGUUUGGAAAAAACUUCUCUGAAAGUGUGUCAGGCACUGGAAUGGGCUGCCCAAGGAGGUGGUGGAGUCACCGAUCCAGGGGUGUUCAAGAAAUGUUUAGGUUCUGUACUGAGGGACGUGGUUUAGUGGGAAAUAUUGGUGAUAGGUGAUUGGUUGGACUGGGUGAUCUUGGAGGUGUUUUCCAACCUUAGUGAUUCUGUGGCUCUGUAAUUCUAUGCUUUUUGUUUUGUUUGUUUUCAUGUGGUAUCUGAAAUCCAUCUUUUUGGGUAUAUGGUUAUAGAGUGGAAAGUGAAAAAGAAAACUCAGUCACAAGACAUAGAAAUUGAGGAGCUCUCCAAGAUGCAGUCUUUCCGUCUUUGCUUUGCACAUCUUGGUAGCAUAACUUACCUGCAGUAUUUCACAACAGUUGCUUGGGAGUCUCCUGACCUUCUGGUGUGUUUUGUGGUCCUCCCAAAUUCACAGAUGACGUAUGAAGAAACUCAUGUCUGAGACUCCAGAGGAAGCUUGUAGAUAAAUAGAGCACAAUGAGGGCCAAACCUUCUCUCCAGUUUCUUCUCCCACACUAAAUGCAAAUUGACAUUGAUAUGAAGAGGAAGAACAGUAGCUCAGAUCCAGUCCUCUGGCCUGGAUUAGGUGUGCAGUAGGUAGCAGAUCUAUUCCAUGCCGUAGGAUUGUCAGAUGGCAGGGUAACUUUGAUCCUGUUGGAUUCUCUUAGCCCAUUAAGAUGAUUAAUGGAUUAAUUGGAUUAUCUUCCUUGUAUUAUUUGUCACUCUGACAGAUGAUAUUUUGCAGAACGUGAACGCAGCUAAUAACAAGAAGAGCUUGAAGAGCCUGUAUUCCUGUAAAUGUCACAGAUGUUUCCCAGCAGUGCUGGCUGAUCUCAUAAAAUAUACCUGUUCUUUUUUUUCCUAUGAGCUUUCUCUUGAUUUCUCCAGUUUAAGUGGAACAUAUGGCCAAAAGGGACCUCCUUGAUUAGUGAGUUCACCUCUGCUAGGCUGUGGAGUACGUGUUUAUAAAAUACCUUGCUCUCUCUUUAAAAUAGCUUGUCUGUGUGUAGUACUCCAGUUGACUGUUCCAUUCAUCUUGGAAAUGUGCCUUGACUUUAGGCCUGAGGGUAUUCAUGGCUAAUUUGUUCUGAUUGUGCUUGAAUUGACAUUGCCCUUCAAUUCCACCGACUCCAAAUGCCUACCUUGCUACUCUCAGUGCAUGGAAUCAAUCAAGCAGUUUGUUUUUGCCAGGUGUAAUAUUUCCUAGUGCUUGCUUAUCUCAUAGCCAGUUACUAUUGAUGCCGUACAGCCCUGCUGGAUCAGCUGGCAGCCCCACGCUUCGCAUCCUGCUGUGCUUUCUACCUGAUGAACUCUGAGUGUCCUGUUUGCUAUUGAUUUCAAUUUCAUUUCUGACACUCUGCUUUAUGAGGUUUGUACAGCUUUUCCUCCAUGGCAUUACAAUCCUCUUUUCCCCCCCGUAGAUGUGCUCCCGAGCUGUGUGUCAGCUGUGAAUGGCUUCGGGCUUUCUGCAGGAAGGGCAGUAGUAGGGACAUAUACAGAACAGAUCUCUGAGAGAAAUCCAUUAAGGACUCUGUUAAUACCUUUCUGGCAUUUUGAUAUUUUCUUGCCUCAGCCAAUUUCUGAUUUACUUUCUGCUUAUUUUAUUUUUUUUACUCAUUACAAAAAUUGAUCUCCAUUUCACCUGCAAGCUUCCCAUGCAGCACAGUUCUAAUGCUCUACCAAAGUGUGAACAGAUGACUGCCUUUCCUUUGUCUUGAAAUCCAAUUCAUUUUCUCCAGGAGAGGAUUGGGUUUUUUUUCACUCUCAUCUUAAUCAGGAAUGAUACAACUUUAGUAAUUCCAACCUGAGCAAUUCUAUGAUUCCAUGCUGGAGGGGAUGGGAAAUUCAAUCACCUCCAUGCCUUUAAAAUUUGCUCUGCAAUUUGUUGAGAUCAAAGUAGUGAGAUAACUUCCUCGUUUGCUCUUAAAAAUAGUAACUAACCCUCCUGUCAGAGUGCAGAUCACCAUUACAGUGGUUUUAUAAGAAAUGUUUGCAGGUGGAUCUGUAGUUCUGUGUGCUCAUUGUAUUGCAGUUCUGCUUCAUCUGAUUUGAACUGCAUGAUGCUAUUUGAGUUUUGUUUCCAUCUUCAGGUGCCAUAAACAUGCUAGCCCGGCCCCAGCCAGCCAUCUCCUCUUCAUCUGGCAACAGAGGCAGAGCACUAAGUUCAUUUUGAGACCACAUUUCCCCUUUGCUUAAAAUGCAAAAUUUGGAUUGCUUUGAUGCCUCAAAGAACUUGCAGACCUCUUGUGCAUUCACUUACCUGCUCUCCUCACCCACAGUUCUUAUCAGCUAUAUGUCUUAUCUGAUGAAAAUUCACACUUCUUAAAUAAGAUCUGCUACAAGUGUUUAUAAGUUAGCUUUAGACUGGGUUACACUAUGGUUGCUUACCCUGUUGCUGACACCCUCAUCCACAGAGAUGAUGGAGUACUGUGUUCAGUGUUGGGCCCCUCUCUACAAGAAAGACGUGGAGGCCCUGGAGUGUGUCGAGAGAAGGGCACUGGAGCUGUGAGGGGUCUGGAGCACAAACUUUAUGGGGAGCAGCUGAGGGAGCUGGGAUUGUUCAGUGUGGAGAAGAGGAGGCUCAGGGGAGACCUCAUCGCUCUCUGCAACUCCUUGACAAGAGGUUGGAGCAAAGUGGGAGUUGGCCUCUUCAAACAGGUAACAGUGAUAGGAUGAGAGAGAACAGCCUCCAGUUGCAGGGGAGGUUUGGGAUAGAUGUUAGGAAAAAGUUCUUCUCUGAAAGAGUGGUAAUGCAUUGGCACAGCUGCCCUGGGAGGCAGUGGAGUUACCGUCCCUGGAGGUGUUCAAGAAGUACAGAGAUGUGGCACUGAGGGAUGUGGGUUGGUGGGGAUGGGUUGGACUCAAUGAGCUUAGAGGUUUUUUUCAACCUUUAUGAUUCUAUGAUUGCUUUCCAAAGUGCCUCUGUGCGGUGAACUCCCAGUGCUGUCAGUGGGUGUUGCCCACAAGGAACAGCUGCAGCAGUCAUCUUUGGUUGUGUUGUUUUUUGGUAACGAUGACAUAAAAAAAGCAUGAGCUCAAAGCAUUUUGCAAAGUGUGCAAAACCAUAGGAAAGUUCUCUCUAUUUGGUUAUGAAGCAAAAAUUGCCAAUUCUACCUCGUCUUCCAAAGUAACUUUCUCCAAGAGCACAGACUUUUUGAUAGGAUGGGAAUUAGAAUCACACAAUUAUAGGCUUCUUAGAGAUGGAAAGGACCUCUGAAUGCUAUCUAGUCCGACUCCCCUGCAAUGAACAGGGAAUCUACUAUUAAUCUAGUCUGAAAAUCAGGCAGUACCAACAGCCAGUGAGACAAACACAGUGACACAUAGUGGUGAUCUGUGCAGCACCUCGCAUUCUCUGUGCACUGGCAGUGGGUAUUGUAGUUUGUAGUGAGAAGGAUCUCUUAGCAGUUGGCCCAAAGAGUAAUACACAUUCCAACGUUUUAUUUCAAUACUUCUUAAUAAAAUGUAAUGACUCCUC